AUGCCGUCUGCCAUGGACAACACAUUCGGGCCUGUUUUGCCCGACCACUUUGACUUUACCUUGCUGUUUGAGCGCUCCGUGCUUGGCAUGGUGCCGGCAGGCAUUGCCAUUCUCAUCGUUCCUGUCUACCUCAGAGCCAUGGCCCGCGCCGCCAACCAGGUGCGUCCAGGCCGUCUGCUCUGGGCCAAGCUCGCGACUGCCGCUGCGCUUGUCGGCAUCCAGCUGGCGAGCAUCAUCCUAUGGCAUAACGCGGGCCUGCUGCGCUCCGACGUGGCCCUGGCGGCGUCCAUCACGUCGCUCGUCGCCUCACUCGGCAUCGCCAUCAUCCUGUACAUUGCCCACACCUUUUUCCUGUGCCCGUCUGCUUUCCUGAGUGUAUACUUCUCCCUGACCAUGGUCUUUGACGUCACCAUGGCGCGCUCGUAUUUCCUGCGACACUCCAUCGACGCCCUGGGUGGCUUGCAGGUGACAGUGGCCGGCCUCAAGCUUGUGCUCGUGCUGCUCGAGGAGGUGCCCAAGCGGCAGCUCUUCCGCUCCAACCUGCUCCGCCCCGGCCUGGGAGAGACAGUCGGCUUCUGGAACAGAACAUUACUGCUUUGGGUCAAUCCGCUACUGAGUCUUGGGUUUCGCAAAAACAUCCAUGUUGAGGACCUGCCAGAGAUUGGUGACCGAUACGACUCGCAAAGACUCUUUGACAGGUUUGUCCCACAAUGGAAAAAUGCCGACAAAACUGCCAAAUUACCCCUGGUUACUGCGUGCUUCUGUGCCUUGCAUUGGCAGUUCCUCCUCCCCAUUCUGCCGAGGCUCUGCUAUAUCGGGUUUUCCUUCAGUCGUCCAUUCUUCAUGCAACGAGUGAUCGAUACUGUCAGUAAUAGCGAUGCCUCCGACGGUGUUACUGACGGACUUAUUGGUGCCGCCAUCUUCAUCUUUGGCGGCCUCAUGCUCUCGAGAUCCGUCUUCGAGAGGCUCGAGUUUCAAGCCAUAACUUCUGUCCGAGGCAUGCUUGUUAUGGCACUGUAUGCGAAAGUCCAAAGAUUGAGCGUCGGCGUGCUUGAAAAGUCGGCUGCCAUCACGUUGCUGACUACAGAUAUUGCAGGAUUGCAAGAUGGCUUAGGCUACCUGCAUUCGAGCUGGUCAUCGCUUCUUGAGCUGGGUCUCGGCGUCUACGUUCUUUACACAUUUGUUGGAUACGCUUGCUUCCUCUUGUUCAUUCCUUCAUCGAUUUCUGCCUUGGGAACUUAUAUCGUCACUAAAAACAUGGCCAGCGCCAGAACAAUUUGGAAUGAAAAGGUUGAAACGCGCGUGGCAGCCACAUCAAAUAUUCUUGCACAGCUCAAGAGCAUCAAGGCUAUGGGGCUAACGCAAGUCAUGUCUACCUAUCUGCAAGAAAAGCGAGUUGAUGAGCUCGACACCUCGAUGAAAGAGCGUAACUUCCGCAUUAUGAAUUAUGGUGUCUAUGGCUUUGGUGCAGCCAUGACUCCAGUGGCUGUCCUGGCAGGCGCUAGAUUCUGGACACGAGUGUCGAAUCCAAUGACAGUUUCGGAAAUCUUUGCCGCCUAUGCAGCCAUUUUUGUUGCUGUUUCCCCUCUCAAUAACUUGCUCGUAUCGCUCCCCUUUUUUGCCGACGGAUACUCCUGCUUGAUACGGGUCCAAAAAUUUCUCAUGCUCCCCGAGAUGCGUGAUCAGCGUGAGUGUCAAGAGCCUGGCGAGGUUACUGUCGAAAAGUCGGAAAAGACUUCAGCCGCUCCGCAGUCGAGCGGAUGCGCUGUUGAAAUGAGGAAUGUGUCUGUCGUCUCUGAAGCUUCUGGUCACAUUCUCCAGGAUGUGACCUUGCGGAUACCGAUGAGGUCUCUCGCCAUGAUGCACGGCUCCGUAGGUAGUGGCAAGUCCUCCUUCCUCAAAGCUCUCCUGGGAGAACUUGGUAUCGAUUCUGGCACGAUUGAAAUUGCGUCAAAACGGGUUGCUUAUGCAAGCCAGUCUCCGUGGAUACAAAAUACCACCAUCAAAGACAAUGUGGUUGGUCUUUGCCCAUUCGACGAACUUCUUUACAACGAGGUCGUCUUUGCUUGCGCACUUGACAAGGACUUGGACGAGCUAUCAAAUGGUGACCAGACUAUGGCCGGCAGCAACGGUUGCAAUCUCAGUGGUGGGCAGAAGCAGCGAUUGGGCUUGGCACGCUCUCUUUUUGCUUGCACUUCAAUCAUUCUCUUAGACGACGUUCUCAGUGCUCUCGAUACAAACACGGCCUCGCUAGUUUUCCAGCGUGUUUGUGGACCAAACGGGCUGCUUCGUCGCCGGAACUGCACGACAAUCAUGACUACCAACAAGCCUGAGAUCCUCGGUGAGGCUGAUCUCGUCUUCGAGAUUAGCGAGCAAGGGCGUGUUCGCCUGGACGAGGCGUAUCCCCGAAGAGAUCGGAUCCGUCCUCCUCUGGCAGGUGCUAGUCGAGAAGCUAGCCAGACAGAAGUGCCCAGGAUUGAGACACAGCAAGAAUCCGUGCCGGUUCCCUUCAAGAGGAGCAAAACUGAACCCGAGACUGAUGAGCUUGAUCGGCACCGCAGACACGGCGAUGUGAAGCUGUACGGAUACUUCUUCACCACGGCCAACGUCUGGCUCUUCGUUCUGUGGAUCUCCGCGACUGCAAUCGCAUCCAUCAUGGAAAGAAUGCCUCAAAUCUUUUUGCGAAUCUGGAUGACUGCAGACGCAGGCAAUGACUGGUAUUUUGCUGGCUUUGCAGCCAUCAGCUUCGUGGAAGUCAUCGUUACGUGCGCUGGCGGCGCCCUGUUCCUGAAGCAGGUACUCCCACUGAGCUCGGCCGAGCUGCACUGGCGACUCUUGCAGACUGUCAUGGGAUCGACGCUAUCCUUUAUUAGCCACACCGACGCAGGGUCUCUCCUCAACCGCUUCAGCCAGGACAUUUCGCUCAUUACCCAGCGCAUGCCCCUCAUGCUCAUGACGGCGGCUUCCAUGUUCUUCAACGUCCUCGUCGACAUUGGUAUCAUCUCAUCGGGGUCGAAGUACACGCCGCCCAUUAUGGUAUUUCUUGGUGGCGUGCUCUACGCGAUUCAGCACUACUACCUACGCACCUCUCGGCAGCUGCGCUACUUGGACCUGGAGACGACUGCGCCCAUGAUUACACACUUGACGGAGACGACGUCUGGCAUUGCCCACAUUCGAGGCCUUGGUUGGCAGGAGCAUUUUGACGCAGAGCUUGCUCUGCGCCUCAACCACGCGCAGCGACCUUUUUACUUUUUAUUUUGCGUUCAGCAGUGGCUGACACUUGCCCUUGAUUUCACGACGUUUGUCUCCGCUGUGACACUGGUCAGCAUCACGACUAUUUUCCCAGGGUCAACCUCUGAGAGCGCCAUCGGCCUGGCCUUGCUGAACCUGAUUUCAUUCAGCACCACCGCUUCCUGGUUCUUACGCACCUGGGUGUCUCUGGAGACGAGCCUCGGCGGCCUCGCUCGCAUCAAGGCGUUCUGCAAGGACACGCCCGUGGAGGACGACCCAGCAGACGCUGAGCCGCUGCCCGAGAACUGGCCAACCAGUGGCAAGAUCGACUACAAGGGCGUCACUGCUAGCUAUAUAGGGCCAAACGGCGAAGUCCGACCGGCGCUCAACGACACGUCGUUUAGCAUCCCCCACGGCCAAAAGGUCGGCAUCAGCGGCCGGACCGGAAGUGGGAAAAGCUCCAUGCUGCUCUCUCUGUUGCAUUUGAUGGACUACCACGGCGAGAUUAGCAUCGACGGCCGCGAAAUCAAGACGAUUCCGCGCCACCUUCUCCGCUCGCGCGUCACCACCAUGACGCAGGACAGCGUCGAGCUCAAGGGCACGAUCCGCCUCAACGUCUACCCCUUCGACACCACCACCACCGCCGCCGCCACCGCCCCGUCCGACGACGACAUGGUGGCCGCGCUCGACUGCGUCGGCCUGUGGGCGCACCUGCAGCGCCACGGCGGCCUGGACGGCGACGUCGCCGACGCGGGCCUGUCGCACGGCCAGAAGCAGCUGCUGUGCCUCGCCCGCGCGCUGCUGCACCAGAGCAGCCUGGGCACGCGCGUCGUGCUCGUCGACGAGGCCACGAGCGCGCUCGACCCACGCACCGACGCGCGCGCCCAGGCCCUCAUGGCCGAGGCCUGGGCCGAUUGCACGGUGCUGACGAUUGCGCACCAGAGGGAGGGGCUCGACUUUGUCGACAGGGUGAUGGAGCUCGAGUCGGGCCACCUGAUGGAGCUGAGGCCCGCAAGUCCGACAGAUGCUUGGGGUGGGAAUUUCUAG